UCCCAUGUCGGGCUCCCUUCAUGGAGCCUGCUUCUCCCUCUGCCUGUGUCUGUGUCUCUCAUGAAUAAAUAAAUAAAUCUUUAAAAAAAAUAAAACUAUAAAAGUAUCAACAUCUGCAAAUGGUGAGAAGGUUCUCAGUCAAAACUUCAAUAAGGAAAAAUACGGAUAAUAUAUGUAUAAGUGGAACACCUGCAAUGCUUGGCAUCCCAUCUGAUUUUCCUGCUUUGAUAAAGGAAGAAAUUACAUGUCCUGUAAAUAAUUAUGUCAACGCUUCAGAUUUAAUUCCCUACUAACCAUCAGAAAGAUGUCUAGUCUAGUGUUGUGGUUCUUGUCAAAACCUAUUAAUAUAAAGGAAUAUAAAGUUUUUCUCUAUUACAUAUAUGAUUGCUGGAUUUCUAAAAAGUAUUCUUGAAACACAAUAUAACUUAAGGCAAAACUUUUAGAGGAAAGGAAUACCCAUUCUCAGAGUAACUCAAUAGAGUUAAUUCAUGGUUUAUGUUAAUUGACAGGUAUUUUUAGCUGAGGUAAAUCUUUCUAUAUACUUCCUACAGGUGCCAUUAUAAAACUACUGGAAAGAUCAAUCAAGAACAUUAGUUACCUUCCCAAAACCCAUUUCUCCUUCUUUCUUCCUAAUAGAGUCCUGAUUUUGUUUGGCUAGCUCUGCCCUCCCUCCCACUCCAACCCAGUGACUGAGGGAUAACAGACCUCACUGUCAAGUUGUUCCUGCUUCAUUGAAAGUAGUCAACAUAUGACAUUGGUUUGGCUCCUGUUGAUUUUAUAGCCACACGAGGUCUAAAUUCAAUACUGUCACACUAAGGAUGACAGAGCAGAAAUACAAGAAGAAUAUGGAUUCUUGAUUACUGAGUCAAUCAACCUGACCAGAACUAAUUCUACUUCUGGACUUUCUGUUAUGAACCCUCAGAAGAAAUGCUGUGGUACUUCCCUUUACCUAUAUAAAAUGGAACAUAAGAAACUACAUAGCUGAAGAAACUACAGUCUUCUUAUAAAUGAGAGGUUUGAAGUCUAAGUAGUUUCCAGCUGAGGGAAAAGAACCAGCUGCCUCUCCACAGUGUAGAUUGAAACAGGGUAAACAUGAAUCUCACUAACUGUACCACAGAAGCCAAUGUGGCUGUGAGACCCAAGACCAUCACUGAGAAGAUGCUCAUUUCCGUGACUCUGGUGAUCAUCACCACCCUGACCAUGUUGCUGAACUUGGCCGUGAUCAUGGCCAUCUGUACCACCAAGAAGCUCCACCAGCCUGCCAACUACCUGAUCUGUUCCCUGGCUGUGACAGACCUCCUGGUGGCAGUGCUCGUCAUGCCCCUGAGCAUCAUGUACAUUGUCAUGGACAGCUGGAAACUAGGGUACUUCAUCUGCGAGGUGUGGCUGAGUGUGGACAUGACCUGCUGCACCUGCUCCAUCCUCCAUCUCUGUGUGAUUGCCCUAGACAGGUACUGGGCCAUCACCAAUGCUAUUGAAUAUGCCAGGAAGAGGACCACCAAGAGAGCUGGGCUGAUGAUCCUCACCGUCUGGACCAUUUCCAUCUUCAUCUCCAUGCCCCCUCUGUUCUGGAGGAGCCACCGUCAACUCAGCCCACCACCCAGUCAGUGCACCAUCCAGCAUGACCAUGUCAUCUACACCAUUUACUCCACACUUGGAGCCUUUUAUAUCCCAUUGACUUUGAUACUUAUUCUGUAUUACCGGAUUUACCAUGCAGCCAAGAGCCUGUACCAGAAAAGAGGAUCAAGCCGGCACUUAAGCAACAGAAGCACAGAUAGCCAAAAUUCUUUUGCGAGUUGUAAGCUUACACAGACUUUCUGUGUGUCUGAUUUCUCCACCUCAGACCCUACUACAGAGUUUGAAAAGAUCAACACCUCUAUCAGGAUCCCUUCCUUCGACAAUGAUCUAGAUCACCCAGGAGAACGUCAGCAAAUCUCUAGUACCAGGGAACGCAAGGCAGCACGCAUCCUAGGACUGAUUUUGGGAGCAUUCAUUUUGUCAUGGCUGCCAUUUUUCAUCAAGGAGCUGAUUGUAGGUCUGAGCAUCUACACAGUGUCCUCUGAAGUGGCUGAUUUUCUGACGUGGCUUGGCUAUGUUAAUUCUCUGAUCAACCCUCUGCUCUACACAAGUUUUAAUGAAGACUUUAAGCUAGCUUUUAAAAAGCUAAUUAAGUGUCGAGAACAUACUUAGACUGCAAAAAGCUGAAAGACAUUGUUUUUACCAGCCUCGUGAAUGGACAGAGGAAAGGGGUUCAACUUCUUAAUUCUUGAACAUAGUUGGUUCAGGAAAGUUUGUAAGUUCGUGUGGUCUUUCUGUUUAUUUGUUCUGUUUUGUCUGAGGUGUGUCAUCUGGUGUGCAGUUUUCUACCUCUGGCUUUAUUUGUGGUACACGAUUUCAAAUAAACAUUAUCAUAUAAAGACAGAAAUUUCAUAGAAGUAAUAAUAAGGUGAAAUAGUAACUACUUUUUUUUUUUUAGCCAUUUCAGUUAAUCCUGCAAUUAAAGAAUGCCAAAAUGAAUCUUCAUUUGCAGAAUUUCUUAUUACUUAUAAAUCAAAUAUCUGACAACUUAACCUCGGGUGGCAUUAAAUCUGAGGUCAUGGUUCCAUAUGCGUGCAAAUUUUAGUAGGAAUUGCAUGACUACAUAAAGCAUUAAUAAAAAAAAAUAAAAAGUGGUGUGCUGUCA